GUCGCUAUAAGUUCGGCUUGCAGUGGUUUGCCGGCGGCUAGAGAACAUGUGCGAAAGAAUUGUUUUGGUUGUGGCCGUGACGCUGGUAACGAUAUCGUUCGUCGGCGAUUGCACGGCUAAAAUUGCGCCUGACUUCAUACAUCCUUGCAACACCACAGAACCAGCUUGCUUAAUCAAAGCCACUCGUGAUGCGAUCCCGGAGUUCGCUAAAGGAAUACCUUCACUAGGAGUGCCUUCGUUGGAUCCCUUCGUCAUCGAUGAACUACCCAUUCAGCUUCCAGGCAUCAAAGUAACAUUCCGCGAAGGCAAAGCAUCAGGACUGAGGAAAUGUGAAGUGUUAAACGUGGAAGCAUUCUUAGAAAAGAAUAUUUUCAACUUGCAAGUAAAGUGCAACAUCACAAUCAAAGGAAAAUACACGGCAGUUGGGCGUCUCCUUUUAUUCCCUAUCAAUGGUGAAGGCGAAUCUAAAAUUAAAAUAAUAAACUCCAUAAUCGGCUUGAACAUCAAGACGAAGUAUUACAAGGACUCCGAGGGCCGAGACCAUUUCGGCAUUAAAAGCUUCAAGCAUACGUUCGACUACGGCGAGAGAAUCAUUUACACCAUCACCAAUCUGUUCAAGGGCAACCCAGAGUUGAGUAAUACGGUGUUGCAAUUCCUGAAUGAAAACUGGCGUGUCGUCACUGAAGAAUUUGGACAACCGGUAGUGGAUUAUGCAUUGAAUGUCACGAUAUCCACAGCCAAGCAAUUCUUUGACGCCGUUCCUAUCGACGAAUUACUAUAUGUACCCAUACCUUCGUAUUAAAAUAAUGUUAUAUACUUCCAGCUUCUUCUUCUGAAAUGUUUGAUAUUUUUGUACAUGACUAGAAAUGUAAAUGAAUCAAUUAAAUAAGUUAAUAGAGACGAAUAUAGUAAACGUAAAAUUAAUAACGUUGUUAGAUUAAUAUUGUAAGGGCUAGUGCUUAAACAACAAAUAUAAUGGUUUUAAUGUUCCCCUACAUUAAAUGUUAAUAAAGUGUAGUGAUCUAAGACUAGGGUUACACAUGUAUAAAGUGAAGUUAGAUCUUAUUGACAGUAAUUUUACAUUAAGUCAGCCGAAAAUGUAUUAAGUCGCCAUAGAGCGAAAAGUUA